AUGGCUAUUACCCUUGUUAAGGAUUUCAAUUCAAGCAUGUGCAAACUAUUAGUUGUGGCAAUUAUGAUUCUAAGCUUUUGUUACACAUGUUAUGGACAACAAACACCAAUCAUCUCUGCUGAGCCAGAGGUUUCCUACUGGAUAAACAAUACCAAUAGUAAGGAAGAUCCAACCACACAUGUCUAUACUUCACAACUGUAUCAAUAUGAUAGCUUGUUGGGAAGUCCACCAAUGGAUUUUGAUAACACUCAAUUAUUCUUUGAGUAUGAAAAGGCAGAUGGCAAUUAUUUCUUCAAAGUGAAUGUUAUUUCUACUGAAGUCGACUCUAUCCAAAAGACGGUAUUUGGUAUUCUUGAACUAUCUGUUCAAAGUGAUAAAGGCGUUCCUGAUAGAGCUGUUUUUAGAUUUAAUGCCCCAAAUGGUAUCAUGAAUGUUGAUUUACUUAGACAUACUAGAGCAACAUUCAUUGCUCCAUCUUCAUAUUCAAUUGAGUUGAGUCCAGUUGGUGAUAAGUAUGGUAUCAUUAGAAGAUAUUGCAACAUGUUUGAAGUAGAGGUUAACUUGAAAUUUGUUACUGAAUCUUUGGGAAAGAGUACUUUCCAACUUUCUAUCUGGACAGAAGAUAGCCCAAAUGAUCCAACUCCACUCGUUGAUUAUAGAUGGCUUGAAGUUCCUUAUCCUGCCUCAUUCAUGAUGAAAUUGGAAUCUGAACCUGCCUUUACUAGAUACUUUGGUGUUGGUUUCUUUGGUCAAUCACCUGUUAAUUAUUUGCAAGCUGCUCCUCCAAAGUUCAUGUUAACUGAAGUCAACAAUGUCAAAAUUCAAGAUAUUAAGGAUGAUAGAUUGAAUACUGGAACAUUCACUGUCAUGAAAAGUUAUUCCUUCCAAUCAGAUAAUCUUAAUACAAAGGGUUCUUUCAUGCAAUACAAUUAUGCAUACACUGACUUGAAAGAUAUUUAUGGAAAUGAAGUUGAAAUUAAGUUUGACGAAGUGUAUUGUGGAACAUCCAAUGGUGUUGCAUAUCAACCUGGUGUUCCAAUCUAUCCAGUCACUGCUUCCUAUGAAAGUUAUGGUUCAGUCAUGUGUCCAGAAAGUGUCAUGGUUCCAAAUAGUGUUGUUAUCAUCUAUGCUAAAGUUGUCAUGAUUAAGAGACCACAAGUUGAUGUUUUGACCGACAGUGAAAAGGUUUCUGGUGAAGUUUCCAACGGAUUCGGCAAACUCAUGAGAACUGGCCAAAUUGACCAAGAUACAUGUGUCCUUUUCAAAGGAUCUGUUGCCAAAAGCAAACUCUCCAUCUACAUGUUACAACAAAAACUCGAAACUUACAAUAUCAAUCCAAGUCCAAAACAAUACACUGAACUCCAAACAUUAGAAAUUGGUUCUGAUCUCACCGCCAAAUUCUGUUCCACAAAGGAAAAAUUCGAUAAGGUUGGAGCAUUCCAACAAGAAAUGGCCUUCUUGUUACUUUCAUCCGAAACUAGUAUGGUUAGUGACUUUAAACUUGUGGCCUCUGUUGGAGAACCAUCUGUGGCUGGAACUGUUGUUGGUAUCUUGUUCGCUGUUGGCAUUGUUGGUUUGCUCAUUGUUGCUUCCAUUAUUGGAGGAAUCAUAAAGGAAAAUGAUUCGGAAGAAUCAACAUCCAUUGUUGAAAUUAUUACAUCAGCAAAAUUAGUAGAAUACAAUGAUGAUGAUAACAAUUCAGAAAGGAAUUGGCAAUUUUUGUUCAAUAGAAAGACUUUAUUUAAUAAUUCGAGUGGUGGCAAUACUACUUUUCAAAAGGAAACUCCUCUCGGGGUAGGAUCUAGUUUGAUUGUGGAUUGGGAGAGUCAGUUUUUGAAUAGUGUUUCCAAGGAGGGAGAAUCAAAGAAGGUGAGAGCUUGUUGCUCUUUUAAUGUAAGAAUAUGGAGCUCUGCUGAUACUCCAAAAUAUGAUCAAGGACUGCCUUGUCUCAUUAAGGAUUGGAAUUUUGAUACAUUAUCGAAUGAGAGUUUUCAAAUUUUCAAAUCAAAUGAUGGAAGUGAAGAUGCAUGCAGAUGUAUUGGAUUUAUUGAUGGGAAAUUGGUCAGACACUUGUGUCAUAUGGGACAGAAUGCAUUGUAUAUUGAGGAGAGAGAUGGUACAAUUGAAGGUAUGGAAAAGAUUGAUGUUCCUAAUUGGAAUUCUCAUUCCUCUUUCAUGAUUCCUCUUCCUUGUGAAAAUUAUGAAGAGAGAAAAUAUUCACUGAAUGCUCUGGUUGGAAAUAAUAACGCAAUCUACAAGUUUAAUCUCAAAGAAAAACAAUUCGAAAGUGUUGUUCUGAAAGAUAUGACAUUCCUCUCUGAUUUUGAUCUUUCAAUGGUUAAUUCUCAAGUUAUUAUUAAGGAAGGUAAUAGACUCAGAGUAUUCUUAAAUAUUUCUAAUAGUCUUUUUGAAUUGAGAUGGAAUGAGAAAGAACUAGUUGUUGUAGAUCAUCUUGUUUGGCUUAGAAAUGAAAUCAAUAAUAUUGUAAGAGUAGGAAAUUCUCUCCUCAUCUUGAGUUCCAAAGGAGACUUUGUUUAUACUCCUUCAUUAUAUGAUGCUGAUGCAAAGACAGGAACUUUGGCGCCAGUCAAUAUUCCAGAGAAUACAGCCCACAAAUUGCUAUGGGAUGAUGAAACCAUGUCCUUAAUUAAUGGAAUCGAUUUGUUAAAGGGUGAAUCAAAUUGCACAAUUUUGACAAGUGAAACUAUCUCACAACUGGAAACAAAGCCAAUCUCUGAACGCUAUUCUGAGAAGGAUUUGUUGAAUCAAUAUCUAUUCAAGAACUAUGUACCACCAAAAAUUACAGAUGCACUCUCAGUCACAGAACGCCAACCAGGAGAUCAUUCAUUCAGAGGAGAUGUUUACUACGAGUGUAAAAAAGGUCGAUACAAUGAUAUGGAAAUUAUUGCUGGAAUUAAAUGUAGAGAGAAUGAAAAAUUGAAAUUUGCAAUCUCUCCACAAUAUGUUGAAUUGAAUCCACAAGAUUUGGCAGAUUACUUGGGAGCUCCUGUGAUGGUUCCUAAUUUUAAUGGUGAAACUUUUGCUGUAGGUCACAUUCAUGAUAUGGAUGGGAAGAAAAGAGAUUCUGACUCUGUUAUAAUUCAUCGUGGAUUUUUUAGCAACUUUAAUUUGAAAGGAAAUGACUUUCUUGCCAUUCUCUCUCCAAAAGAUGAAACCUCGGCCACCCCAGAAGAAAUUUCAAAUAGUGGAAAUCAAGAAUGGAAAGAGCUAGCAACAAGAAAGCAGUUAAGAGUUGACUCAAAUCAAAUAAGAGUGGCUGACUUUACAAACAGGGGUUAUGUUGAAAUUGAUAAUGUGGAGAGUGGUAUUUGGUCGUAUAAUCAAAAACUUGAAGAUGAUCUUCCAGGUCAAUUAAUUGCCUUUAAUCAAAAUUACAAAGAUUCAAUCAAUACGAAUAUUGAACAAGAUUGGAAUGUUCCAGAUGAAACUUUUUCUGAGGAAUUACACAAUUCAUAUAGUAUUUCUGAAUUGACAUCAAAAACAAGACCAUUAAGUAAUGAUUGGCAAGUGUCAGCAUGUGGAAUUUGUGUAGAUGGUGGCAAUGUUGGAAUUUUUGAUGCAAUCCAUUACCAAGAUGACACUGUAUUCGGUAUGGAAGCAAAAGGAUUUGACAAAUAUUUCAAAUCAUAUGACUCUGGUUGGACUGGUCAAUUGAACAGCAUGUUGAGGGAACAAAGCUAUCCACUAUUGAUGAAUAUUCCAUUUGGUAUCAUUUCAAGAGAUGCUGACACAGGCGAUGGAAGAUUUGCCUGUUUAUCCAAAGUGUACAAUGGAAAAGUUGUAGCCGUUAAGGUGAUUAUUCAACAUUCUGCCUAUGAAUAA